ACCGACCCGAUCAGUCGAUCUUUUUCCAUGCCUUCGAUCGGACGUGUGUCAAGUUUAACGGGUAGCUUAGUGCGGUUUUCGCUCAGUCGAUGCGCAAACAACAAACAAGUGUCUCCAGCCGAUGGAUAAGUUUUUGUGACUCGCUUCGAUCGUGCGGUUUCGUGUAUGAGCGCAAUAUAAUCACGACUACUUAUAAUUUACCGGGCUUACAAACUGGAAAGACGAGCAGCUCUAUUAGCGAGCGUAUAUCCAGUUGGUGUGGUCAUCCAGUCGUUUCCAGUGGUUUAUACCUACUAAUGGCAGAGUGAAUUGUGAAUACAGCAGCAACACAUCGUCACAGUGAUUAGUGCUUCGGUAUUGGUGCUAAACAAAGUGCGCAGAUCGAGGAUCGAAAUAUGUAAAAUGAAUAUUUGAAAUAAAUAUUACGUAGUCAGGUGCCAGAAUCGAAAUGUAAAACGAUACCUACCGUCUGACAUAUUAAGUGUUUUUCAUCAAAGUGAAAUUCUAGUCAAUUAGAAAAUCCGUCCAAUCCUACGAAAGGAUUAUAAGUAAGAAUCUUGUGAAAGGGUGGAUAAUAAUAGUAAAUAAUCAUGGCCCAAGGAGCUUCGUGCAGUAUUUGGCUGUCAUACGGACUGGUGCUUGUACUGCUGAUUUUAUGCACCAUCACUGUUAUGAUAACGCCCACAGAAUCCUCAUCGGCCAUCCCGCUGAUACGACAAAGAACGGAUGCCAAUACUACCAACGGUAAUGAAUCGUCUCUUUCUGAUGCUGAUGUGCAGAAGCGCAUACAGGAAGUUUUUAACCGUAAGGGAUACUCAAAUCCAGAUCCUAGUCCAAAUGAUUCCCUCGAAGCACAGCCUGAAGAAGUAGCAGUGAGAAUUGAUAGUGCUGCACCGACAAGGCGACGUAAACGUCCACUUUGGAAGCUUGAUGAAAAAUUUGAUCCAAGAAAAUCGUACGUCAUCAAACACCCCAACGGAACCAUCACCUACGUACCGCCCAAGGAUAUAGAUCUCAGUGGCACCGUUGACACGGGAACUACGGCCGCACCCGCAAACAGCAAUGCCAACGAGCUCAUUGACAAAAUGAGCGAAGCAAGUACGAGCGAUAGGGACAAGUUGCGAACACCAAAGAUUGACCGGAUUGAGAGCACCUUAGAGUAUCCCAUUGGUAGCAACGUGAAAAACUAUCCAUACGAACUCAUAGACCGAUUAGUGGCCCAGCAAGGUUAUGCCAAUCUGUUCGACAGCUAUCCUGAGGAUGAAGAGGUGGAUGACUUCACAUUCCACAAUAGAAUGAGUUUCUCUGAUGACGAUUUUGAGGACAUAUGUGAAAGUCAAAAGCCGGAUAAAUAUCCACAACAUGGAUUAACUAUGGACAACAAGAAUGUAACAAUUGUCAACACCAAGAACUUCACACAGCGUGUAGAAAUGGAAGUGUGCAGGAAACAGGGUACACCCUGUGUGAUGUGCGACAACCAAUUCAAGAAAACAGAAUGUCGGCAGAUCUUCCUCGAGCUUACUUUACACGCCUUCGAUAAAUCGAAAAACCAAAUUUACAAGGAAAAGGUCAUGAUUCCUGCGAGUUGCAAAUGUAUGGUGGUCCGAUUCAAGGGAUUCUAAAAAUCUAUUUCGAAGAUGGCGAACGGGACCGUAAUUGGGCAUCAUCGAUAUGAACAGACUUUGCGAAGGAUUAUUGACUAGAACAAAACACCAGUUGAAAAAUAGCACUUCUUAGCUAGAACAUUAUACGUCUUUGUACUAAAAUUACAAUAAGUAAAUAGAAGUAAAUACUCUAAGGAUUUCAAUAAAAACUUUCCGCUCAAACAACCAAAUUGGAAGAAUAGUUGAGGUAUUAGUCAAAACAUUUGCUGUUAUAGUAUGUAUGCCUAAAAGUUCCACUCAAACAUAAACUUCACGAUAUUCAGAUGAUCCAAUCAGAGCAACCACUUAAAAAAAAAUGACAGUAAUGUGUAUGACCAUCCAGCGUAAAUUUAAUUUUCAAAAUAGUUCUAUAAACUGUCUGUUAAACUAAGCAAACAUAUCGAAAAUCCCGACUAAAAGAUAUUACUUGUGAGAUAACAAAGGUCAGCAAAAUAAACGUAUAUAACAUGCAGAUGUAAUACGAAGAAUAAGCAAUAAACUUAAAGUCACUACAAA